AUGCAUUGGCUUUCACAAGGCCAGAAUGGUACCACUUCUCUAGACGAGUUACAACUCGACAUUGUUGGUUUCCUCGCAAUCUUAGGCGAGGGCUCAGUACUCGCCAACGCCCAAGUGUCGACGCUGUCCAAAUGGAUAUUUUUGCCGCGCUUGAUCCCGGCGCCUCAAGCUAUGAUGAGGCCAACCAGACCUAAUCGCCUCGAGCCGUUUCCCGGAUAUGUAACCGGAAUCGUGUCGGGCAAUCACCGAGAUAGCAUCAACCAUAUUGGGAACAUCGUUUGCGAUGCUAAUAACCUCGAUCCCUUCUCGGUGCGUGUUGUCAAAAUUGUCCGCGAUACCGAUAAAUCACCGCUCAAGGCUAAGACUAUUGCUCCACUUACCGUCGUUCUGUUCAUUGGGUUUGCACUAUCGGCUCUCCUGCUGGCUCUGUCAAUAUGGCAAGAAGAUGGCAUGUCGAUACUUGCGACUGUACUAUUGUCCCUUCUCACGAGUUUGAUCGGCUACGGAAACAAAUGGACAUUGAAACUGCCACAGCGAAAGAACACGACGACGAGAGUGCCUCGAGGUGACGUUGUGAUCAGAUACCCCAAAGGCAGUUUUCUGAUUGUACAGUGCGAUGAGAACGUUGCACGGGAACUCUACUUCGCCCCUGAGAGCAUCGACUAUCUAUUGACACAUGGACCGGCGUAUCGGAUACUCAGUCUGGUGGGCACGACGAUGCUCAUGGGCGGCGUCAUCUGUCUUGCCAAUGCUCAAAUCCAAGUCCAGAUAGCAUGGGCAGGCUCCUACAUGCUACUCGGCGCGGCAUACUGGAUUGUGGCUGCGUUACCUGGAAAGAUGCAUUGGGAUACGUCUUGCUACCGCGUCGAAAAUCAGUGUCUCUCCGAUUCGAAAAUGGAUGAGAAAGGCUACCCUUCCAAGAACGCAACCUUCACGCAAGCACUAUGGAGGACUAUCGUCGUUACUAAGAAUAUCGAAUGGAUCACCAGGAGUGUUGCGUGCCCUGACACACCUGCAUGGCGACAAUGGCUGCGAGAAGCUAAAGCAUGCAGCUCCGAUGUGAUGUUCAGUGAGUGUGAGGCGAGGCCAGGGGUCAGGACGUGGGAAGUACCGGAUUGGGACCCGCAGGCUGCGUUGACCGAGUUGCUGGACGAAGAGGCUAAAAAAGACGAUCGCAGAGAGGGGUUUGAAGAAGUUUGA